UUUAGUUUUGUGUUCAGUGUUGGUAGGAGAGGAAGUGCUAUAAACUGCAGUCGUUCGUUUUUCUGGCUAUGACAUUUAGCGAAAAAAAGUUGAGUGUUUGUUAAAGGUUGUUACAUUAGCGUUAAAUAUAGUUUGUACGAGGAUCCUGUUAUAGUAGCUGACAUCUUCCGCCAUGGAGAAGAAUUUGCGAGCAGAAACGAUCGCAGGCGUCCGCGCCUGCCUGAAUUCCGUGAAAGGAAAGCUGGAGCUCAAGGAUCUGGCAAACGAUUAUAAAAAGCUGAUGGGUUGCCCGAUUCCGUUCCACAAAAUGGGAUAUUCCUCGUUGGAAGAGUUUUUGCGGAACGAACAAUCGUUGAUAGUCACAGGCGGUCCAACUGGACAAAUCUUUAUAGAUGCAAAAGGGACAGAAGCCAGCGCUCACAUCACCGAAAUGGUUGCAAAGCAGAGGCCUAGCAAGAAGAAAACCAUCCGGUUGCCUCCACCGAAUAGAAAUAGAAACUACGUUAAUUAUCAGGCGCAGGCACCAAACAAAUGGCGGCCAAAGAAUAUUAGCAACAAGUGGAACACAUCUUUCACUAAUCCACUACGACAAGCAGCAAUCAACCACAAUCAGGUCGUGAAAAUAAAUCCGGUGAAACAGCAGGCGCCCGCCGUCGGAGGACCUGCUCGCAUCUCCCCCGAUCAACACAUGAAACAAAUUAACAAUAACAGCAAUAAGAAUAAUAACAAUCACAACUUCUCACAAAAGGAUGUAUUCAAAAUAUCGUCGGAGGGUUUCACGAAAAACCGCAACUUCCGCGAUUCUAGUCACGAGAACGAGAGGAAUACUCAUUCGGCCUUUACGAACGGACAGAAGGUUCCGCCGAAGACGCCGCCACCGACAUCCAAUCGGCCUCCUUCUCUAUUGCAGAAGCGCACUCAAUCUAUCCACAAUGAUAUUAAAGAAAACCAAAAGACUGACCACCGACCCGCAGCGGAACAGAAAUUCCACGUUUCCGGAGAUCCUGUUCGGGAUCUGCACGCUUUCGCGAAACAACGUAAUCUGAACGAACCGAUAAUCAAAGUUAUAACACGACAAACGAAACCACACAAACCCAUCUUUUACGAUUGUCAAGUCAAAAUUGACAACUCUAGCUUCUCAAGUUACCCCCAUGACUUCAAGGAUGAGUUCUCCGCCAAACAGUACGCUUCCAAAUUGGCGUUGGACGCUCUGAAUCAUAAAUUUGGCACUAUAAAGAAGCGUGAGUCGUUGCUGCUUUCGAACGAGACCGACGUCUUAACGAGGAUUCCACCUCUGGUCAUGAAACAUUACCACGGUAUUUGGAGCUGGCAACUGGAGGCGGAUUACAAGGAUCAAUACAAUGAAUUGUUACCUUUGAACUGGCUCGAGGUCAUCGACAGUAGUCAGACAAUCUCCGUCGAGGCUUUCGGCGAUAAAUACGUGCUGAGAUACUGUAACCCGGAGGAUCUUUUGCAGAAAGGCAAGAUGUCCUCUCUGCCAUUAUCCUACGAAGUUUCUAUACCCACCAGCUACGUGGAAUUCGUCGAUCAAGGCCUCCUUCUAGUGGAAGUUACAUGCGCCGUCUCCACUAAGGAAGUGUGGUGCAGGCAAAUACAAACGCAGGAAUAUGAAGCGUUCCUUGCCAUGAACACCCAAAUGGAGAGCGUCUAUAAUAAAGAGAAUGGCAGUUUGUCUGCUACCUCGGUGAUUAUUGGGAAUUAUUAUGUAGCUUGGAUUGACAACUUUUGGUAUAGAGUGCGUGUUCUGGAAUGUGACGAUAACGACAACAUUCAAUGUUUGUUGGUUGAUACUGGUGACGACCAGAAGGUACCUAAAAAGCACAUGUUCCAUCUUGAGCUUCAAUUUGCCAAACGACAAGCACAGGCUUUUAUAUGUCGUCUAGCUGGGCUAGAAGAAUUAUAUGAGGUUUCUGUGGCUUCCGAAACCCUUCAAAAACUAGAGGGAAGAACGUUUCAACUAGAACCUUGCUUGGAAGAAGGUGAACACGCGAAAUACGAUCCAAUUCGUGUCGUCAUGUACGAUAUUGAAUCUGGCGUUAGUAUAAAUGACGAGCUUAUAAGUUUAAUAUCGAUCGAAAAUGCUCAACCCGUUUUGGACGAGGCCUCCCCGAACGAGGUGUUCAUCAGUUACGCAGACGUUGAAGGCAAUAUAUACCUUCAGAUUCAUUCUAAGGGAUACGGCAUGCUACUGAAGUUGAUCAAAGAUUUGGAGUCAAGUUUCCUGGAGGAUCGUUCCCUGCUCUCGUCCGCCGAGGCUACGGUGACAUCGAAAAAUAGCGCAGGGCGUCUGUACUUCUACAAGAAUCCCGAAGACAAGCAAUACUGCAGGAUCAAGAUUCUGGAGUGGUCGCCGAACGGGCAACUGUAUGCACAGAUUUAUUACGUCGACUACGGUUUAACGAGUGUCAUCAAGAUGAGCGAAUCCAAAUUAUAUCUUCUGGAUGACUUGAGUAGUGUCGUCAGUAAAUUCCCGGAACAAGCGUUGAAGGUGCGCCUGGAUUUAGAGAAAAUCCCUAGCGAUUUUAUAAAGAUUUUCGAUGCGCUGGUACCUAGGAACAUCGGGGUCCUCCUUCGAUGCGUUGGCAAAGACAAGGAUCAAAUUAUGCGCGUGAAACUCUUUGUACGCGUAGCUAACGCUGGACUCGUUUCUGUCACUGAAAGCAUAAACAUCGAGUUGCACAAUAGAGAACAAUCUAAUCAGAAAUUAGAAAAAUUUGAGAAAAUUAUAUCUUUGAAUAUGGAAGUACCGAAGGGCGUACCUUCGAGUGGAAAUCUCAAAUCACCACCUUUGCCCAUGAUUGGAAAAUAUUAUGACAUAAGAGUUCCGACUGCUGUGAACCCGUGGAACUUCUUCGUUCAACCCCACGAUUCCACAGAAAGUUUGAACAAGUUGAUGACCAAGCUGCAAAUAGCUUGCAAAGAUAUUCACUAUGGCUCUUUGAGAUUGGAAGAUGUUAUUCCGGGAAAAAUUUACGCUUCAAAAUAUGGUGGUGAUGGAAAAUGGUACAGAACAAGUGUAAUGAAAGUUAUACAUCACGGUUCAAUCUCUGUUUUCUAUUGUGACUUUGGUUAUUAUGCCAAUCUGAGUCUUCAGCAAUUAGUUCCUCUCAAACCGGAAUUUCUGAAAUUGCCGUAUCAAGCAAUUAAAGCAAAGUUGUCUGGUAUCAAACCGAAGCAGGCCAAAUGGACUAUGGACGAUUGCAACUUCUUUCAGAAUGAAGUUUGCAGCAAAUCGUUCGUGUCGGUGCUGACGUCCGUAGAGAAAGACGAGUUAUACCGAUGCGAUACCAUUCUUGGUCUAAAGUUGAUAGACACUUCCACGGAAGUCGACAUCUACAUAGAGGAUCAACUCAUCAAGAAGGGAAUCGCCGUCAAGAUAUAAAAUUCUACUGAAACUUCCUAUUUGCAAACAGUGACUAGUGCCAAUUGUUUGGUCUUAUGACAUAUAUUUUAUUAUAUUAAUGGAAUGCUACUAGGAGACGAAAAGUACACGUUUUGCUCAAAAAUCCUCAAAGAAAGGGAACCAAUAAUGUGGCAAAACCAAUGUCUAUAUGUUUUUUUUUGUUUGUUGAGAUUCCAUUUUAUAUUUAUAA